AAGAGGAGGAGGAAGAGGUGGGGAAGGGAGGAGGUUUCUUUUUGUGUUUGUUUGUUAAACCGCCCCCGGGGGGAAGACCGCGAAAGUCAUCCGACGAAACGAAUUCCCGCGCGCGUUUUAACAAAAGCCGACAAAGUUGGCCGUCAUCGCCGGCGCUGAUUCGAGUCUCUUUAAACAAAAACAAUAACUACCGAAAUGGCUUGCGCCGCUGUUUUGGAACCGAGCGGGGACUUCCCGGCGUGGCUGGAGACGCAGGGCGUGAACGCGGAGGUGGCCCGGGCCAUGGACUCGGAGCUGGGCAUCCGGGACUACGGGGUCCUGCGCGCCUGCGUCGGGGACGGCCUCGUGCGUGCCGAGCUGCUGGCCGCGGCGCGCGACCGCCUGCCCUUCGGCUUCUACGCCGUGCUGCGGCAGGUGGUGAAGGCCCUGCGGAGCGCCGAGCCCCACGAUGGCGACGGGACACCACGCUGGGACGACGCGGCCGCCGCCUCCCCUGGCGACCUGACGCUGGGAGGGCUGGUGGAAGUGCUGCUCGCGCUAUUCAGCGGCUUGAGCCGGGAGCUGCUGUUGUCUGCGCGGAGGCUGGGAGGUGAUGGUGGUGGUGAUGGAGGUGGUGAAGUUUGUGGGGACAGUGCGAAUGGUGAUGUUCCCAGUGAGGGCGUGGCGGAACUUGGUCUUGAGAUCAUCGAUGAUGAGGAGGAGCAGUCCAGAAGAAACGAGGAGGAGAUCGUGGAUGGUUCGCUGUAUGGCGAAAACGCCGGCAAUCACUUCGGCUUCAUCAUAGAGGACGUCACGUCGCUGCAGGGACCGGCAGCGUUGCGCCCCUCCUUCACGGUGGCAUCGGCAGCGGCGGCAGUGGCGGCGGCGGCGACGACGCGAGCACUCCGCCACGCGCGGCUCCACCCGGCCUCGGCGCCGCCCCGCUUGCAGGCGCGUCCCUACUACUGCGACGUGUGCGGCCGAACCUUCACGCAGAGCUGCCACCUGAAGACGCACGUGCGCACGCACACGGGCGAGCGGCCGUACCGCUGUGAGGUGUGCGGCCGCGCCUUCCGCCAGACCUGCCACCUCAAGGAGCACCGACGGACACACACGGGCGAGCGGCCGUACCGCUGCGAGGUGUGCGGGCGGACCUUCUCGUUCCGCUCCAACCUGCGGACUCACAUGCGUUUGCACGACAGGGAGGCGGUUGUUUCAAAGGGGGUCGUGCCGGAGGUGGGAAUGUGACGCGUGUGUGUAUGUAUGUUGAACUUCUUUCGCACCGUAUGUAGCCAACCGUGCCAAUCGGAGGUGCGGGGGAAUGACAACAAACUAAACACAACAACAACAUCGGGAGUGAUGGGAGAGGCGGGGGUCACCUUUCUGAGCUGCCACUACUAAACAUCUGUGAAAAAGAGCUUCAUAGCUCAUUGGACUGGAUUCCUCUGGUAGAAAUAUUCUGAUUCUGGUGCAAGCAAUAAAAUGGGGCCUCCAGUCCGAUUUCGUCAUCCUUCCUCGGACUUCAGUUAAACACUUCGACAAACGAUGACGGCUUCAGAACAACUUGUCGCGCGCUGCCCUGGGUUGUUAUGGCUUCCAUAGCUAUGCGGAAAACGUUGCACUGGCUGCCCAUCAAAUCAGGGAUACAAUACGGAAUCGCUAACUCGUGUCACCGAGUUCAUUUUCAACGUCUCCCACCAUACCUCUCCCCACACUCCUCACUCCACUAACCACGGCUAACCACCACGUCCCAUGGAGUUCAACCAACAACCAGCUCAUUGUAUCCAGAACCGGGGACCGCCUUGAGUGAACGGCGUUUCCCCAUAGCUGCACCAGCAGCCAUCUGGAACUCCCUCCUCACUGCACAUAGGCAGCAGCCAAGCACCUAUGUACCUUCAAGCAGCAGCUCAAGCCUCACCUCUUCUGGCUGUCACCUGUUCUGGCUGUCACCUGUUCAAGCUGGCACAUGAGGGACUUUGAUCUCUGGUGCCGCGUCUCCCGAAUUCUCGAUUGAACACUGCAUCCAAUUUGUGAAAAUUUCCUCGCGUUGUAAAUCGUUUAUAAAGUUAUUUCGUCCCUCUUCUUAGAACAGUGCCUGGGCACCUCUGGUGGAGUGUCGGAGUUGAGGGUGGGUGGGAUUUGAUCCCUGAGUGGAGAGGGAUAAGUAAUCCGAUAUGAAAAAUGAAGAUUGAGAACACAGGCUUGUAAUUGGAGUACCCAGAAAAGCACACGCACACACAUCUGCGAGGGAUUAAAGCUCAAAACUUCUCACGGAUAGGUUGGCAACCUACUUGCUUUAUUGUCUCCUACAGGCACCUCUUAGCUCCUGCAGAUGGGCGUCUUCACAUAUCUACAAACAAAUUCACCAAGAGCUUACACAUCCAUCACUAUUGGCCUUCCUUCACUCUGGUCUUAAAAAAAAACUUGUAAUGCAUUCUCUUUGGUUUUUUCGGUAAAGUCACGUAGGUUAAA